AUGGCCCGCGGUAAGCAGAACGGCUCGGCAUCGCCGAAGAAGGCAGCCAGCAUCCGCAGCAACAAGGGCAAGUCGACAUCCCCAGAGACCCCGGGCACGGCCCGCGAUGCCCUCCUCAACGCCAUCACCCGGCCGCGCCACUCGAACGCCGAGGUCACGUACGCGACAUCGGCGCACUUGCCCGAGGAAGAGUUGAUGUCGGACCAGAGCACCAUCUCGUCGUACGCGUCCAGUCAUGGCUCGCUAUCGAGACAGAGCAGCGAUGGCGAUCUCGCACUCGAGCGCAUGUACCGCGGGUAUCUGGAGAAGUCAAACGUCCAGACCAACCUGCCUUACAAGCACCGCGAGUUUGGGCACUGCAACAACCCCAACUACCGGUGGGCGUCGUCAUACAACUCAGCCGAACCUGUCCACCCCGAAGAGGAGCUCGAGCCACCCUUCUACAUUCUGCUCACAACAUACCUCUCGUACCUGUUCCUCAUCUGUCUCGGCCACGUCCGCGACUUCUUUGGCAAAAAGAUGUACCCACAGAACUAUGCCCAUCUCCUCCCAGCUAACGGGUACGCCGCCCUCAACUCGGACUUUGACUCGUUCUACACUCGUCGUCUCAAGACCCGCCUGGAUGACUGCUUCUCCCGCCCUGUCACUGGCGUGCCGGGUCGCACGAUCACGCUCCUCGACCGUUACUCGAACGACGAGCGCGAGUCGUUCUGCCUCUCGGGCACGACGACGCGCGCACUCAACGCCUCGUCGUACAACUACCUCGGCUUCGCGUCGUCGUCUGGCGGCUGUGCGGACGCGGUCGCCGAGGCCAUCAACCGCUACGGUGUGGCUGGUGCUGCGCCGCGUCACGACGCUGGUACCCUCGACCUCCACCACCAGGCCGAGAAGCUUACUGCGCGCUUUGUCGGUGCCGAGUCUGCUCUGAUCAUCUCGAUGGGGUUCGCGACCAACUCGACAACGAUCCCCGCGUUCGUCCAGAAGGGGUGCCUCGUGAUCUCGGACGAGCUCAACCACGCUUCGAUUCGUAACGGCGUGCGUCUGUCUGGCGCGUCGAUCCGCACCUUCAAGCACAACGACAUGAACUCGCUUGAGAAGCUUCUUCGUGAUUCGAUCGCCGAGGGCCAGCCCCGCACCCACCGGCCGUGGAAGAAGCUUCUUGUCGUCGUCGAGGGUCUGUUCUCGAUGGAGGGUACACUGGUCAACCUCCCAGCCCUCAUGGAGCUCAAGCGCCGCUACAAGUUCUACCUGUACAUUGACGAGGCGCACUCGGUCGGUGCCAUGGGCCCGAACGGCCGCGGCGUGUGCGACUACUUUGGCAUCGACCCGCGCGAGGUCGACAUUCUCAUGGGCACGUUUACAAAGUCGUUCGGUGCGGCCGGUGGCUACAUUGCUGGAUCAAAGGAGAUCAUUGACAGCCUGCGCGUCCGCUGCCACGCCAUGUGCUACGCCGAGGCCAUGUCCCCCCCUAUCCUCACCCAGAUCAUCGCGUCCAUGUCGGCUAUUAUGGGCGUUGCGCCGCCGCUCGCUCCGCCCGCGGACGUCGAGGAAGACUCUGCAUCGGCCGUGUCCGUCUGGAGCAGGCACCAGAGCUUUGGCCCAGCACCGGCAUCCACGCUGCCGUCGUGGAUGAACCUGCCAGUCGCGCUUGCGAACGGCACCGAGGGCCGCGAGCGUCUGCGCCGCCUCGCGUUCAACUCGCGCUACCUGUCCUCGGGUCUGCGCAAGCUCGGCUUUAUCGUGUAUGGACAUCGCGACUCGCCGAUUAUCCCGCUGCUCCUCUACAACCCUGGCAAGAUGGGAAUGUUCUCGCGCAUGAUGCUUGACCGCGUCGGGCCCGAGAAGACACCAAUUGCGGUGGUCAUUGUGGCUUAUCCCGCAACCCCGCUCAUUACUUCGCGGGUCCGUUUCUGCCUCUCGGCAUCACACACCAAGACGGACAUUGACCUGCUCCUCCGCGCCUGCGACGAGGUGGGAGACAUCCUCGACCUCAAAUGGUACCGGAACGACCGCUGGACUGUCGACCGCGUCAUUGCCGAGGCCGAGGAGCUUGUUGCCACGCACAACCUCGAAGAGGUGCAGUAG